GCAAAGGUACAUGGUCGUCGAACUCGUGGAACUCCUUUCGGCUACGCAAUCCUGAGAACCCAGGGGAAAACUGUACUACUGCCCAUCCACUUUCCCGACCAGCUAGGAGAACGACGUUCAGGAGAUAUGAACUACCGACUGCGUGGCGCAUUUGCUCCCUAA